CCCAUGGGCACUGGAUCUAUACAUAUUGGCGCCAUUUUGGAGCUAGGAGGGGGAAGAGAGCUGCAGAAGAGGACACGAUUGAUCACAAUUCACCGUUACAGGCAGUGAAGAGCUAAAGAGGAUGGCUCACUCUAAAGCUCGAGCCGCAGACGGGAAGGUGACCUACCCCCCGGGGGUCAAGGAGAUCUCUGACAAAAUCUCCAAAGAGGAGAUGGUCCGCAGGCUCAAGAUGGUUGUGAAGACCUUCAUGGACAUGGACCAGGACUCUGAGGAAGAGAAGGAGCUGUACCUGAACCUGGCCCUCCACCUGGCAUCAGAUUUCUUUCUCAAACACCCAGACAAAGACGUGCGUCUGUUGGUGGCCUGCUGUCUAGCUGACAUUUUCAGGAUUUAUGCUCCGGAGGCGCCCUACACAUCUCCAGAUAAACUGAAGGACAUUUUCAUGUUCAUCACCAGACAACUGAAAGGACUGGAGGACACCAAGAGCGCUCAGUUCAACAGAUAUUUCUACUUGCUUGAGAACAUUGCAUGGGUGAAGUCCUACAACAUUUGCUUUGAACUUGAAGACAGCAACGAGAUAUUCACCCAGCUUUACAGAACGCUCUUCCAGGUCAUCAACAAUGGCCACAAUCAGAAGGUGCACAUGCAUAUGGUGGACCUGAUGAGCUCCAUCAUCUGUGAGGGUGACACUGUAUCUCAGGAGCUACUGGACACAGUGUUGGUCAACCUUGUGCCAGCACAUAAGAACCUGAAUAAACAAGCAUAUGACCUAGCCAAAGCUCUGCUGAAGAGGACUGCUCAAGCAAUUGAACCGUACAUCACCAAUUUCUUCAACCAGGUGCUGAUGCUGGGGAAGACGUCAGUCAGCGAUCUGUCCGAGCACGUUUUUGACCUAAUUUUGGAGCUUUACAACAUCGACAGCCACCUGCUGCUGUCUGUGCUGCCACAGCUCGAAUUCAAGCUGAAGAGUAAUGAUAAUGAUGAAAGGCUGCAGGUGGUGAAGCUGCUGGCUAAGAUGUUUGGAGCUAAGGACUCGGAGCUGGCUGCGCAGAACAAACCGCUCUGGCAGUGCUACCUGGGCAGGUUUAAUGACAUCCAUGUGCCUAUCAGACUGGAGUGUGUGAAAUUUGCCAGUCACUGUCUCAUGAACCACCCAGAUCUGGCCAAAGACCUCACAGAAUACUUGAGGGUGAGAUCACAUGACCCAGAGGAGGCCAUCCGCCAUGAUGUCAUUGUCUCUAUAGUAACUGCUGCCAAGAAAGACUUGUCCCUAGUCAAUGAUGCAUUACUCAAUUUUGUAAAAGAGAGAACCUUAGACAAAAGAUGGCGUGUUCGAAAGGAGGCCAUGAUGGGCCUGGCAUCGAUCUACAGGAAGUACUCACUACAGGGAGAAGGAGGGAGGGAAGCCUCAAAGCAGAUCUCCUGGAUCAAAGACAAGCUACUUCACAUCUACUACCAGAACAGCAUUGAUGACAGGUUACUGGUGGAGCGGGUCUUUGCCCAGUAUAUGGUCCCUCACAAUCUGGAAACCACCGAGAGGAUGAAAUGUCUAUAUUAUCUGUACGCCACCCUGGACACGAACGCCGUCAAAGCUCUAAAUGAGAUGUGGAAAUGCCAGAAUCUGCUGAGGCACCAUGUCAAAGACCUGCUGGACCUGGUCAAAAAACCCAAGUCUGAAGCAUCCAGCAAGGCUGUAUUUGCCAAAGUCAUGGUGAUCACAAGGAACCUGCCAGACCCGGGCAAAGCUCAGGACUUUGUGAAGAAGCUGGCCCAGGUCCUGGACGACGACGAGCGGAUCAGGGACCAGUUGGAAACCCUUGUCAGCCCCACCUGCUCGUGCAAACAGGCUGAAGUCUGCGUGCGGGACAUCACUAAAAAGCUCGGUAGCCCCAAACAGCCCAGCAAUCCUUUCCUGGAAAUGGUCAAGUUCCUGCUGGAGAGAAUCGCUCCAGUCCACAUCGACACUGAGUCCAUCAGCGCUUUGAUAAAACAGGUGAACAAAUCUAUAGAUGGAACAGCUGAUGAUGAAGAGGAGGGUGUUCCUACUGAAGAGGCCAUCAGAGCUGGACUUGAACUGCUGAAGGUGCUGUCGUUCACACACCCAGUGUCGUUCCACUCUGCAGAGACGUUUGAGUCUCUGUUGGGUUGUCUGAAGAUGGACGAUGAGAAGGUGGCUGAGGCCGCGCUGCAGAUCUUCAAAAACACAGGCAGCAAGAUGGAGGAAAGUUUCCCUCACAUCAAAUCUGUUUUGCUGCCGGUACUGCAAGCCAAAGCUAAGCGAGGCCCCCCUCGCCAGGCCAAGUAUGCCAUCCACUGCAUCCACGCCAUGUUCAGCAACAGAGACACACACUUUGCCCAGAUCUUUGAGCCUCUGCACAAAGGUCUGGAUCCUGCAAACCUGGAGCAGCUCAUUACUCCACUCACCACCCUAGGGCACCUCGCUCAGCUGGCCCCAGAACAGUUUGCUGCACCGCUUAAAUCUCUAGUCGCCAACUUCAUAGUAAAAGAUCUGCUCAUGAAUGACAGGAUCCCAGGGAAGAAGACGACCAAACUUUGGGUUCCUGAUGAUGAAGUGUCCCCUGAGACUCUGGCAAAGAUCCAAGGCAUAAAGCUGAUGGUCAGGUGGUUACUAGGAGUGAAGAACAACCAGAGCAAGUCCGGCAACUCCACCCUGAGGAUGCUGACUGCUAUUCUCCACAGUGAUGGAGACCUAACCGAGCAGGGCAGGAUGGGUAAACCAGACAUGUCGAGGCUGCGACUCGCCGCAGCCUGUGCUCUGCUGAAACUGGCACAGGAGCCCUGUUACCAUGAGAUCAUCACACUGGAGCAAUAUCAGCUUUGUGCUCUCGUCAUCAAUGAUGAGUGUUACCAGGUGCGACAGUGUUUUGCCCAGAAGCUCCACCGAGGCCUGUGCCGCCUCCGUCUGCCUCUGGAGUACAUGGCAGUGUUUGCUUUGUGUGCCAAGGACCCUGUUAAGGAGAGGAGGGCUCAUGCCCGCCAGUGCCUGGUGAAGAAUGUCAACAUACGACGGGAGUACCUCAAACAGCACGCAGCCAUCAGCGACAAGUUAUUCUCCCUACUGCCGGAGUACGUGGUGCCCUAUGCCAUCCACCUGCUGGCUCAUGAUCCAGACUACGUCAAAGUACAGGACAUCGAGCAGCUCAAAGAAAUUAAAGAGGCGCUGUGGUUUGUCUUGGAGAUCAUCAUGGCCAAGAAUGAGAACAACAGUCACGCUUUCAUCAGAAAAAUGGUGGAAAACAUCAAACAGACGAAAGACGCUCAGUCGCCCAAUGAUCCCAAAACUAAUGAGAAACUCUAUACAGUGUGCGAUGUAGCCAUGCACAUUAUAAUGUCAAAGAGCACCACCUACAGCCUGGAGUCGCCAAAAGAUCCCGUGCUGCCUUCGCGAUUCUUCACCAAACCUGACAAGAAUUUCAGCAACACAAAGAACUAUCUCCCACCAGAAAUGAAGACAUUCUUCACACCAGGGAAGCCCAAGUCGGCCAAUGUUCUGGGCGCCGUCAACAAGCCGCUGUCGUCGGCCGGGAAACAGCUGCAGAGUAAAGCCUCUCGCAUGGAGACCACCAGCAACGACGACUCCUCAUCAAACCCGGGCUCCCCACAGCGCAGCAAGACCAGGCUCGACAGCACAGAACUGGACCACAGUGAAAACGAGGACUUCAGCCUAAAGAGAUCAGACAGCACCGACAAGGAGAUUGAAAAACCCCGCGGUCGCAAACGUGGUGUGGCUGCCAGUGACGACCAGGACAGCAAGCCAAAGCGCGGCCGCAAGAAGGCAGUGGCCAACACGACCUCAACGGCCGAGUCCGAGGACCAGUGGGACGAUGACACCAGGCCAGAGGACGAGCAGAACAGCCCACCCAAGAAAGGGCGCAGGGGCCGGCCUCCAAAGUCCGCCUCUGCUGGCCAAGACACACCCGCCAAAGGGAAGAGAGGGAGGAAGAAGGCAGCACCACCUCCAGAUGAUGAGGAGGAGGAGGAGGAAGAGGAGCGAGAGGAGGAAGUAGAUGACGAGGAGGAAGACGACGACAGGAGCAGUGAAAAUAUGGAGGUGAAGACCAAGGGAGGAAGGCAAGCGAGAGCGCCGCGGCGAUCACAAGGCUCCGAGUCAGCAGAGUCCACACCACAGAAGAGAAGAGGACGGCCACCAAAAUCAGCUCAGCCUCCUGCCAAGAAACCAGCGCGUGGUGGGCGAUCGAAGGCAGCUGCUUCAAAAGAGGACUCUGAGGAGGAAGAUGAAGAUGAGGAGGAGGAGCAGGAGGAGGAGCCAACACCCAAGGGUCGUAAGAAGGCAGCAGGCCGAAGAAGAUGAAUGACCUGAAAAACCAACGGAGGACGGGAAAUAAAACGUCUGUUAAGUCAUGGACGGAUGAUGUAGGAAAGACAAUAUGGACAUUGAACUUUUUAAACUUUUCAUACGCCAACGCUCCUACUGUUACACCAAUUCACACACUUGCAUAUACCACAUGCGCACCACGUCAGUACAUCUGUAUCAUCAGCUGUGGGUUGUUGCAUUGUGUCGCAUUGUGAUGAUGUUCGCCACAUUCAAUAGAAAUGAUUUUAACAGAAAAACAACAAAAAAAAGCGCUCUUGUAAAUAGUCUCUUCUGUCUGUUUCAUGUUCUGUUGUUGUGUUUGUUGCUGACUGGGGGGAUGAUGUAAAGCCUUACUCGCCGAUAUUAUUAUUAUUAUUAUUAUAAUUAUUAUUAUUAUUAUUGAAGUGCUCCCUUAAAGCAAUAUUGCUUCUCAAUUUUCCCUUCUGUGUCCCACUUUUAAACCUGAAAGAGAUUAACCAUUAUCUUUUUUUUGUGAUGUUAAUUGUCAUUUUACAUUUUAAAAAAAACGCCCAUGUUUUUUUGUUUACAGCUUUGUAUAUUAAUACCUAUUUUUUUCUUUUGUUUUCUUUUUUUUGUUUUUUGUUUUUUUGUUUUUGUUUUUUUUUUACCAUGUAUGAAAAUUAAAAAAAAAAAAAAAAAAAAAGAAACAGUCAGAAACCUGUCCAAAUGUAGAGUUGCCUCUGGAGAAGAUUGUAGUGUCCUUUUUUUAGGUUUGUACUUGCUGGUAGGCAGACGUCAUGAGCAGCUGUGGUUGUAGUGUUUGUCACUGCUGAUUAACUCGGCUUCACAUCCACCCAGUCAGAGCCUCUGUUGUAUCAAUAUAAUUCUCUAUAAAACUUGA